ACCCUCCAACACCAACAAUGGCGGAGCCCAAAACGAAGUACGAUCGUCAACUCAGGAUCUGGGGUGAGCAAGGACAGGCUGCCCUUGAAAAAGCAAGUAUAUGCUUGCUUAACUGUGGCCCUACCGGUUCUGAAACCUUAAAAAAUCUUGUUCUUGGUGGUAUUGGAAGUAUCACCGUUAUUGAUGGUUCUAAAGUUGAAGUGGGUGAUCUUGGAAAUAACUUCAUGGUGGACGAGUCAAGUGUUGGGAAAUCAAAAGCAAAAUGCGUGUGUGCAUUUCUUCAGGAGCUAAAUGAUGCUGUUAAAGCCAAAUUUAUAGAAGAGUAUCCAGAGACAUUAAUUGAGACAAAUCCAUCAUUCUUUUCUCAGUUUACCUUGGUGGUAGCCACCCAGCUAGUGGAAGAGUCAAUGGUGAAGUUGGAUAGAAUCUGUCGGGAAGCAAAUGUUAUGUUGAUAUUUGCACGCUCCUAUGGCCUUACUGGGUUUGUUCGGGUCAGUGUGAAGGAGCAUACAGUGAUCGAGUCAAAGCCUGACCCAACACCUGAUUGCAUGUUUAUCAAUGAUAGCUUUGCAGAAACAAUUGACUUGAAUGUGGCUGAUUCUGUUGUCCAUAAACACACACCAUAUGUUAUCAUUCUUUUGAAGGUGGCAGAUGAGUGGGCCAAAACUCAUGGUGGAAGCCUUCCAUCAACCAGGGAAGAGAAAAAGGAGUUCAAGGAACUAAUAAGAGCCAGGAUGAGAGCAAUGGAUGAAGACAACUACAAAGAAGCGGUUGAGGCAUCAUUUAAAGUAUUUGCUCCUCGGGGUAUUAGUUCAAAUCUACAGUGGAUAAUUAAUGAUAGUCGUGCUGAUGUUGAUUCUAAUUCAUCUGAUUUUUGGGUGAUGGUGGCAGCUCUAAAGGAGUUCAUUGCUAAUGAAGGUCGGGGGGAGACACCUCUUGAGGGAUCAAUACCGGAUAUGACAUCUUCUACCGAGUUAUAUGUAAACCUGCAGAAGAUCUAUCAAGCCAAGGCUGAGGCUGAUUUUUUUGUUAUUGAGCAAAGCGUCAGAAAUAUUCUAAAGAAAAUUGGGAGAGAUCCAGAUAGUAUCUCUAAGACAAUGAUAAAAAGCUUCUGUAAAAAUGCCAGAAAGCUCACAGUAUGCAGGUACCGUCUCCUUGAGGAUGAAUUCAACUCUCCUGUACUACCAGAGUUGCAGAAGUAUCUAACAGAUGAAGACUACAGUAUCGCUGUAGGGUUCUAUAUUCUGCUUCGAGCUGUUGACCGGUUUGCCACAAACUAUAACAGUUUCCCUGGCCAAUUUGAUGGAGAGAUGGAUGAGGAUAUAUCUCGAUUGAAAAUUACAGCUGUUGGCCUACUUAGUGACUUGGGUUGCAAUGGCUCAACCUUGACAGAAGACCUUAUCAAUGAGAUGUGCAGAUACGGUGCUGCAGAGCUCCAUGCAGUUGCUGCUUUCAUUGGGGGAAUUGCAUCGCAGGAAGUUAUCAAGCUGAUCACGAGGCAAUUUGUUCCUAUGUCUGGAACUUUCAUCUUCAACGGCAUUGACCACAAGUCUCAGCUUUUGUCAUUAUAGUGGGUAUUUGGGUUGGAAAUGCUUUACAAGCAACUCGAAUCAGCUUUUGUUUCUCAUUCGGACCAGUGCAACUUAGUCCUAAACCCUGGAGACUGAUGGAUCUUCACUCUUUUAGUUUGAUUGGCAGAACAAUGGUCUUGUUUUGGCAAGGCUAUAUGAGAUCCAAAUGAUUCUUCUUUUAUUAAGCAGUGGGGCAGGUUAUAUGGGCUCCUCUGAAAGUUUUUGUAACUAUUUCAUUUGAAAAAAACUAUGAGAGAGAAACUAAAUAGAAUACAAGGAAAAGGUAAUCUAGUUAUAGAAUUUGACAUGGAUUUGAAAACAUGUUGUGAGGCUCCUCACAAUGAUGAAUCUAAUUCGUAGAUUUCAAAUACUGAAUGCUUUUUUUUGAAUGAUUUUGUUGGGAAUAUCGUAUAUGUAUAGAGCAUUUCUGUUGCUA